AGGCAUCGGGCCCCCAGGCGGAGCAGCAGGCAUCGGGCCCCCAGGCGGGGCGACAGGCAUCGGGCCCCCAGGCGGGGCGACAGGCAUCGGGCCCCCAGGCGGGGCGACAGGCAUCGGGCCCCCAGGCGGGGCGACAGGCAUCGGGCCCCCAGGCGGGGCGACAGGCAUCGGGCCCCCAGGCGGAGCGGCGGGCGCCGGACCCCCAGGCGGAGCGACAGGUCUCGGGCCCCCAGGCGGAGUGGCGGGCGCCGGACCCCUAGGCGGAGCGACAGGUCUCGGGCCCCCAGGCGGAGCGGCGGGCGCCGGACCCCCAGGCGGAGCGACAGGUCUCGGGCCCCCAGGCGGAGCGGCGGGCGCCGGACCCCCAGGCGAAGCGACAGGUCUCGGGCCCCCAGGCGGAGCGGCGGGCGCCGGACCCCCAGGCGGAGCGACAGAUCUCGGGCCCCCAGGCAGAGCGGCGGGCGCCGGACCCCCAGGCGGAGCGACAGGCACCGAGUCACCAGGCACGACAGUGGGCUCCGAGUCAACUGGCAUGACCGCUGGCACUGGGUCAGACAAUGGAUCGUCUGG